UUUCGGCAGUUGAACCGUUCGCGAGGAGGAGUGACGGCGGAGUGACACUGGCCAUGGACCAGCCAGCCAUCCUGCAGGCGGACUACGUCUUCCGGGGUGUGGAGCAUGCCGUGCGCGUGGUGGUUUCUGGACAGGUGCUGGAGCUGGAGGUGGAGGACCGGAUGACGGCUGACCAGUGGCGGGGCGAGUUCGAUGCCAGCUUCAUUGAAGAUUUGACUCACAAGACAGGGAACUUCAAACAGUUCAACAUCUUCUGUAACAUGCUGGAGUCGGCCCUUACCCAGAGCAGUGAAUCGGUCACCCUUGACCUGCUGACCUACACAGAUCUGGAGUCCCUGCGGAACCGAAAGAUGGGGGGCUGCCCAGGCCCCUUGGCCUCGAGGUCAGCCCAGCUCAACUCCAAGCGCUACCUGAUCCUCAUCUACUCUGUGGAGUUUGACAGGAUUCACUACCCGCUGCCCCUCCCGUACCAGGGCAAGCCGGACCCCGUGGUCCUUCAGGGCAUCAUCCGCUCACUGAAGGAGGAGCUAGGCCGCCUUCGAGGGCUGGACGGCCAGGACCCUCGGGACACCCGGGAUUCCGAGAUCUGGCACCUUCGGGAGCAGGUGUCACGUCUGGCUUCUGAAAAGCGAGAGCUAGAGGCCCAGCUGGCCCGAUCGCGCGAGGAGGCGCUGGCCGGGCGGGCGGCGCGCCAGGAGGUCGAGUCGUUGCGCGGACUCGUGCGCAGCCUGGAGCUGGAGCUGCGGCAAGAGCGCGGUCUCGGGCACCGUGGGUCCGGCCGCCGCAGCCAGGACUGCCGCCGCCUGGCCAAGGAGCUUGAGGAGGUGAAGGCGUCAGAGCGGAGCCUGCGCGUCCGGCUGAAGACGCUGAACAGCGAGCUGGCCUCUUACAGGAGAGGGAGACGGACUCCACCUGUGGUGCCGCACCCAGUCCGGGACGACCGGGCUUCAUCGUCCCGGGAACGCUCCACGUCGCGUGGCCGUGGCGCCACCCGCUCCUCAUCCCGGGAGAGUGGCCGUGGGGGCCGGGGUCGAGGCCGCCCUGCCCGCCCCUCGCCCUCGCCCACAGGUGGUCGCUUGCCCCGUUUUGACCCCACAGCCUUUGUGAAAGCCAAGGAGAAGAGGCUGAGAGAGAUCAAGAUGAAGCAGCAGCAGCGGCAGCAGCAGUGGAACCGGUUGGGCAGUGGAGGGAGCGGGGAUGGGCCAGCCGUCUCCUGGGCUCGCCAGACUCGUCCCCCCGCUGCGGUGACUGGCCGAGGGGAUGCAGCUAACCGCUCCCGAAACCGGAGCUCCUCGGUGGACAGUUUCCGCAGCCGCUGCUCGUCUGCCAGCUCCUGCAGCGACUUCGAGGAUUUCUCGGAAUCCCUCGCUAGAGGCAUUCGCCGCCACCCCAGGAAGCCCCCCAGCCCCACAACCUUGAGUGGGUCCAAUGCGAAGUCCAUCCCGGUGGAACGGGGCCGCCAUCAGAGACGCCUGGCCAAUUCGGGGGGCUGGGUCCCCUCCAAAGAGUACAGCUCUGACUACCAGGCGGCCGACAUGGCCGAGAUAGACGCCCGUUUGAAGGCCUUGCAGGAAUACAUGAACAGACUGGACACGCGGGCGUGACCUCGGCGAGGGAGCCGGGCCCCUCCAUCCCCUGCCCAC